AUGUCUGUGAACUCAUUUGAUGAACUUCUAUCAAUUAUAAGCCAACGUAUUAAGAAACAGGAUACAAAUAUGCGAAGAUCUAUCACACCUGCGGAACGUUUGGCUGUAACUCUCAGAUAUUUGGCUUCGGGAGCAAAUUUCACUGAUUUGGAGUACGAUUUUCAAAUUUCUCGAAAAACUAUACCAUUCAAUGUAAAAGAAACCUGUCAAGCUAUUAGUCAAGAAUUAGCACCUUUAGAGAUGCCAAAACCAAAUAAGGAAAAAUGGAUAAACAUUGCUGAGAAAUUUUACAAAGAAGCGAACUUUCCUAAUUGCGUUGGAGCCAUUGACGGCAAACAUAUUAGAAUUGUUUGCCCUCCGAAUGCUGGAUCUAAAUAUUAUAAUUAUAAAAAAAUAUCAUUCGAUUAUUUUAUUGGCAGUGGUUGA